GGAUCACGGCGGUCUUUGUCUCCGUUAGCAUGUGCAACUCACAAAAAAUGGAAGUGCAGCAGAGGAAAGACAGGCGGCCUCAUAAGUAUCCCGUUCAAAUACACAGGAUGUUCAGAGAUCAAUUACAGAAAAAAAUACCAAAGAAUUUGGGAGAAUGGUCGGCUUGGAGUUCGUGGACACCAUGUUCAAGAUCUUGUGGUGGAGGAAUUACACAACAGACAAGAAAUUGCGUGAAUCGACCGGCAGACUCAAGGUUUGCCAGACGACAAAGACGACGACGUCAGAAUGCGAGACAACCCAGCGGCUGUGUAGGACUUUAUAAGAGGAUUCACUUAUGCAACAGUCAGGACUGUCCGUCUGGCAGAGACUUUCGAUACGAACAAUGCGCAUCAUUCAAUAAUCGACUGUUUAGAGGAACGAGACAUCAGUGGGAGCCCUUCUUAAAAGUAAAAGAUGAAUGUGCCCUCAACUGUCGAGCAGUAGGGAUGAAUUUUUUCGCAACCCUCAAUAAGACAGUCAUCGACGGAACAAGGUGCUUAUACCCAUCGACCUAUACAGGAAAAACUGCUCCUAAAGGAACCAGAGGAGUAUGUAUCGACGGGUAUUGUAAGGUGAGUGGAUCUCUAUUCUUUGGUGUUUGUAAAUGA